CUCAUUAGAACCAUGGAUUCCAACGCAAGCGAUGGAUUUCUUGGCAACCUGUGGACUGAGUAUUGCCAGCGUUGCUCCAUCUAUGCAAUGCGACAUUUGUCCGCUAACUUGCGCAUUGGUGAACGAAUUUGGUGGUUCCUUUGGAUUGGACUAGCGAUAGUUGGAUGUUUCGUUUCCAUGGUUGAUUUGUACGAGAAGUGGAAUCAAAGCCCGGUGUUUAUCAGUUACGAUCGAAGAUUUUUGCCGGUCUGGGCUGUUCCGUUUCCAGCCGUUACGGUUUGUCCAAUGGCUAGAGCUCAGGCAGAUCUUUUCAAUUCAACGGAUGUGUUUUUUCGACUCGAUGAGGAAGGAAUAUCGAAUAUCGAAUACCUUCGACUUCGAGCGUUACUGCACGUGUGUCCUUACAUGUCGGAGUUCUACGAGUAUAACGAUUCGUUACCGGUGAACUAUGUCAACAUUCUACAGCACAUCGCCAUACCUUUUGAGGAUAUGUUUGCUAGUUGUAAAUUCCGAAACUAUGCUGUGGACUGUAGCAUGUAUCUGUCAAGAUCGAUAACUGACAGUGGAGUUUGCUACACUUUCAACGCCAUUGAUGCCGAACAUUUGCUUCGAACUGAAAAUCUCCAAAGUGAUUACUUGUAUUCUAAUUCGUAUAUGGAUUCCAGUAAUUGGACCCUAGAAGACGGAUAUUUUGAUGAAUUUGAGUUGGAAACGUACCCUCUGCGGCCUGUUGGUGGUGGUUUGGUUACUGGUCUAAUACUUGUUAUGAAAACCCGAAAACAGGACAAAGAUUAUUUUUGCGAAGGUCCGGUUAUUGGAUACAAAAUCGGAAUUCAUUCACCGGACGAAAAGCCGUCGGUUCAAAAUAGAUUCUACCGACUUUCGCAUCAGACUAUUCUGACAUUAAGUGUUAAACCUGAACUGACGUACAUUUCUCAAAAACUGAGGAAGCAUCCUUACACUAGACGGCAGUGCUACUUCAGCGGCGAACGAUAUUUGAGAUACUUCAAGGUGUACAACAGGAAAAACUGCCUCGAAGAAUGUAUCUCGAAUAUAACCGCUCAUGAAUGUGGUUGCGUCGGAUUUGCUUCUCCUCGAGCUCCAGAUAUAUCCGUCUGCGAUGGUGAAGAUCUAGCCUGUCCGACCAUAUCAUUCUACAAAGUCCUCAAAAGAAUGGGUCUUUCUGAACGCGACAACGAACUUGAGGAACCGUGUGGUUGCCUUCCAGCUUGCACAACGCUGCGGUUUGACGUGGAAAUUUCGGAUCUACCUUGGAACUUUGAGGAGUACGCUAGAGCCGCGGGACUGUCAACUGACCAGUACGACUACAUUGAGCCUGCAGUACUGGUGGUAGCUCUCAAAAGCAAGUGGCUGCUCCCGUUGAAACGUCGGGAACUGUUUGGCAUGGUGGAUUUGCUGGCCAAAUUUGGAGGAUUGUUUGGGCUUGUGAUGGGUGCUAGUGUGAUUAGUAUGCUUGAAGUUGUGUACUACUGUAUUAUAAGGCCGUGGCGUAAUGAUUUUCCCGGAGCUAAUGUGCGGCAAGUAUUGCCGUGGGUAGAGUGAAGAAUUGAGAGACAGUAAUGA